CAUUACUCCAAUCUCUUUCUUGAAGAGAAAAGAGGCUUUGGACUAUAUAUAUAUGGGUUGUAUCUUUGGAUCUUUUCCACACUCUUUCUAUCACCAGCAGUACCUUGUGACAAGCAGUAGGUGCGUGUGUGCCAUGGAGAACGGCGACACCUUCCCUUCGAGCACUGUCAGGGACACUUUCCCAGCUGAGGAUUUCCCCGUGGGGAUGAGGGUCCUCAUGGUGGAGGAUGACCCCAGGAGCCUCCAGGACUCGACGCAAAUUCUCGAGAGUUGUGGCUACAAAGUGACGGCGAUAGCGUCGCCGAUAGAAGCACUGAGAGAGGUGGAGAAUAAUCGAAAAGGUGUCGACUUUGACAUCAUCAUGACAGUCGUGCACGCCGGCGGCAAAGGGGCAGGAUUUGAUGGCUUCGACCUCCUCGAGCGCGUCCGGGAUCGUUACCCGGUCAUCAUCUUCUCUACCGAUUAUAGCAAGAAGAUGGUGAUGAGGACAAUUAACGAAGGUGCUUGCUGCUUCAUCGCAAAGCCUCUGUGCUACCAGGAGAUGAGAAAUAUCUGGUUCCAUGUCAUGCAGAGGGGAAUGCAAGUGGACGGCCCAGACAAGGGGGGCUCCGACGACAACCAACGGGGCUUCAAUGAAACACAAGGACCUAGAAACAACGAGAAUCCUCCAGAGAUCAAAUAGCUCAGGCGACCUCUACAACUUCUGCUUGAUGAAUAAAAGUUGCGCCAGAGCUUGUUGUACAACUAGCUUCGGCGAUUUGGGGCAACGGAGUCUUGGGGAUCAGCUGAGCCGAGCUUCCUUUUUCUAUAAUAGCUACAAAUUAUCUUCCAUCAUGUAAUAGAACAAGUCUGCAAUCUCAUGUUUGUGAUUCUUGCUAAAUUGGACAACAACAAUGCUUGCCUUUUUAUCCAUCCCAUUAUUUUACUACCGCUCGUUCCAAAUAAUACACCCUCAUUUGUGGACUUCUCCUAUUUUAGUUUUUCGAGUUAUAAAUGUUAUGUCAUUA